CGGUCAUGGCGGAAGCCACGGGAAUUCAUGCGGACGUCCGCGAGGUCAAGCGUGACUUGGCGAGCGUGCGUGAGAGCGUUGAAGACUGCCGUGCCGAAAACAUGGUGUUCUUCGCAAGUUUCACGGCUGGCUUGGAAGCCGCUCGACAGGGCAUCGAAUUAAUGAGGGUGAACGCUCCCCUGGAAGAGGCGCAAAUGGCCCUCAAGAACUUCGAGGCCAGCAAGGGUAAUGUGCGUUUUCUCGAGACAGCGCACAGCAAGGCCAUGACCGCUCUUGUGCAGGGGCACACGCUGGAUGUGAAGCUGAACGCAGCAGUCAUCGCUGUGUCAGCAGGCUAUGUCCAUAUGAGCAAGGUGGACUGUCCUAGUGAAGCCAAGGACUUCACGGUGAACGGGACGCUGGCGAACGUCGUAAGUCAUUUCGCGCCUACAUGGAGCGACCCCUCCUGCGCUUCCACGGCCGAUGGAAAGAAGACGGUGUCCUUUCUCCUAAACAUCGUGUCCUGUGUUCUCGUACUCCCGCCAGAGAGUGCAUCCGUUCUGUCGAACCUGGACGAGCGGAUCCUACCAGCCUUUUGUGCUCUUUGCUCGGCCGAACCAGAGCUGCGCUGCAUGUAUCCCAAGGUGGCCGGCGCUGUAGUAGGCGCAAUGCUGGAGCAGAAGACCAUGAGGGACCUGUUUCAUUUGGCCGACAUGGUGGGUGUGGAUGUCGAAUCUUGUACCAGCCAUGAGGCCAUGGUGCAAGUUCUGCUAUCGUCCGGGAAAGCACUUCUUCCUGGCCCAGUGCCAAAUGCCACGACGGACCGCAGUGCGCUCAUGGAGUUGUUCAAUGCCACGAAUGGCUCGUCGUGGACAAACAAGACGGUGCCAAAUGCCACGACGGACCGCAGUGCGCUCAUGGAGUUGUUCAAUGCCACGAAUGGCUCGUCGUGGACAAACAAGACGGGUUGGGGAACAUCUACUCCUCUCCAACAAUGGCACGGAGUAACUGUGGAUGGUGCAGGCCGGGUGACUACUCUGGAUCUCAGUGGCAACAACCUUUCAGGUGUGUCCAAUGCUUGUAUCGAGAGUCCGCCCCAGCCCUUUCUUACGAAGGUAGUCAUAAUACGGAAUUCCUUCCAUCUGCAACACUCUUCCGUGGUGAAGGAAUGGGGUGAAGACGGUUCGUCUCAGGGGCGGGAGGCAAUCUCCGGACGCGUUUGGAUGGUGGUAUCGUGCUAUGUAGAAUCAAUGUUGAGGGUCAUUUUCGAGGCUUCCCAAGUGAAGAGAUUUUGUGAAUUCAAGACCGGCGUCGAACUCCAAGGUAUGAUACACCGAAGAAGUCUUAUGGUGCUGUUGAAGAAGGUCCCCUCGCAACGGCACGAUGGCUUGGACUAG